AUGGCCCUUACCGUUGAACAGAUUCCGAUGGCCAACAAGGUCGAGUCGCAGCAGCCCGAUGUUGCUGUCAAAGUCCAGUUUCCUAACGACGACCUGGUCCACCCCAAGCACUCAGCUAUUUCAGAACUAAAAUUUGAAUCGCCUACCACUGCUAGUGGGAGUUCUGCUCCACAACCUCCUUCUGUAGAAGACAUUUUGGAACAGCCGCUGGGCACGUGCGACCACGUGCGCAUUAUCAUCAUUGGUGCCGGUGCAAGCGGCUUAAAUAUGAUUCGAAGCAUGAGAAAACACCUUGAGAAUUUUGAAUUAACCGUCUAUGAGAAGAACCCUGAAGUGGGCGGUACAUGGUAUGAAAACCGAUAUCCUGGCUGCAAAUGCGAUAUCCCUUCCCACAACUAUCAGUUCUCCUGGAGACCUAACCCCACCUGGUCUGCCUUCUUUGCCGGAGCCCCCGAAAUCCAAAAAUAUCUCAAGACUUUGACCGAAGAAGAGCAACUUCAAACUUCAAUCAAAUUGGGCUACCAGGUGGUUCGCGCGGAUUGGAACGAAGGUGACGGCUUAUGGAAUGUCAAAGUCAAGAAUUUGGCGACCGGAGAGAUCAUCGACGACCAUUGCAACUUUCUCUUGAAUGCAUCUGGUAUUCUCAAUAACUGGAAAUGGCCGGAUAUUAAGGGCCUCCACUCGUAUAAAGGACAGCUCAUCCACAGCGCAGACUGGCCUAGAGAGUACGACUUUACAGGAAAGACGGUUGCCGUUAUUGGCAAUGGCUCCUCCGGUGUCCAGAUAGUACCAGCUAUUCAACCCGAGGUUGGCAAGCUGAUCCACUUCAUCCGGUCGCCGACUUGGAUCGCACCGAGUCACCUGGAGAGGAUGAGUCUCUCGCCGAAAGGGAGUGUUCUGACUGAGAUCGAGCUACAAGGAGAGGCAUUCUCGCAGCAGCAGAUUGACCAAUUUACAAAGGAUCCAGCCUACUAUCACGAGUUUGUCAAGUCAGUCGAAGCGUACACCAAUGCGAAGUUCAAAGGGACGGUGAAUCAUCUCCCUGAAGCCACCAUGGCAAAGGAAUUGAUGACUGCACAUAUGAUAGAGCGGCUGGGCGAUGACAGGCGUCUCAUUGACUUCCUGAUACCGGACUUUCCGGUGGGCUGCCGACGAAUCACGCCAGGGGUGGGGUAUCUCGAAUCGUUGCGCAAGCCAAACGUCCAGGUUGUGACUGAUUCCAUUAUUGAAAUCAACCCCGAAGGCCUUUUGACAUCGACUGGAGAGGAAUUCAAAGUCGAUGUUAUUGUGUGUGCCACCGGCUUUGAUGUAUCUUUCUGCCCACGUUUCCCCGUCAUCGGUCGAGACGGAAAGAACUUGCAAGAUUUGUGGAAAGAGCAGUUACCUGCUGCUUACAUGUCAUGCUUGAUUCCUGAAAUGCCUAACUACUUUGUCUUUCUUGGUCCGAAUGCCCCCAUUGGCCACGGAAGUGUCCUCACCAUAACGGAACAUGUCGCGAAAUUCAUGAUCAAGAUUAUUCGAAAAUGCCAAACUCAAGGCAUCAAAGCCAUAUCUCCCAAGAAGGAUGCGGUAGAAGAGUUCUUGGAACAUGUUCAAAAGUUCAUGCCUCGAACAGCAUGGUCAGGCAAUUGUCGGUCAUGGUUCAAAAAUGGCAGGGCUACCGGACCGGUUACUGCUCUGCAUCCUGGCAGCCGCAUUCACUGGUUUCAUAUGCUGGAAGAUUUUAGGGGCGAGGAUUUUGACUAUGUCAGACGGACACGAAACCGUUAUGCAUAUCUUGGGAAUGGGUUCUCGAUUAGAGAAAUGGAGGGAGGUGAUCAGACAUGGUACUUGGAUCACCCAGAUGUUUUAUUCUGA